CAAAAUCUGAAAACGAUCAUAUGACAAGUAUUUUAUUGUCUAAAUAAACAAUAGGACUGGAUACAAGUUAUAGCUUACAACUUAGAAUAAUCCUCUCAAAUGACAAAAAAUGAUGUUGAUGGUACUGAUUCUACUUGUUUGUGUUGCUGAGGCAAAAGAUUUUCCAUCACUGGAUGUGUUAUACUCUCGAGUUCCAGCAGAUGUUCAGCAGAGGACAGUUACUGCCCUUAUACAGAGAAUUGUUGGUGCCAGAGCAAGUCAGUUUAAAGCCAUUGUUGAUCCAACAAUAGCAGAAAAGAAAAUAGACGCUUUUCAUCUUGAUCAGAACAAUGGUACUGUGAGUGUGAAAGGUAGUACAGGUGUGGCUGUGGCCAUGGGAAUAUACUACUACCUUUCCAAUUAUUGCAAUUGUCAGGUAACAUGGGGUGGACAGCAAUUACAUAUUCCAAAAGAACUUCCGAAACUACCAAAGUCUGGUGUGACUGUGUCUGCUAAUGACAGGUUUAGAUUUUACCAGAAUGUUUGUACAGUAAGCUACUCCUUUGUUUGGUAUCAGUGGAAAGACUGGGAAAAACAAAUAGAUUGGAUGGCAUUACAUGGAAUAAAUCUUCCAUUAGCGUUUAAUGGUCAGGAGGCUAUAUUUCAGAGGGUAUAUAUGAAGAUGGGGAUGACCUUUAAAGAUAUGCAGCAACAUUUUGGUGGACCUGCUUUUCAAGCUUGGGCAAGAAUGGGAAACUUUAGAGGAUGGGGAGGGCCUACUACACAGACUUGGUUGGAUGGCCAACUAGAUUUACAGCAUAAGAUAUUAGACAGGAUUAGAGCUUUAGGAAUGAUUCCUGUUUUACCUGGCUUUGCUGGACAUGUACCUGAAGCUAUGACAAGAUUGUAUCCUGAAGCAGAUAUAGCCAGAUUACCUAACUGGAAUGGUUUUAAUGACACAUAUUGUUGUACAUACUUGCUGGACUUUGCUGAUCCAUUAUUUAAACUUAUUGGUGUCAACUUUAUAAAAGAGAUGGAGUAUGAAUUUGGAGUAGAUCAUAUAUACCAGAUUGAUUCAUUUAAUGAAAUGCAACCUAAAUCAGGUUCAGCCCAGUAUUUAGAUGAAGUAGGCAGUAGAAUGUUUGAUGUGUUACAAACAGCUGAUCCUGAUGCUGUCUGGUUAAUGCAAGGUUGGUUGUUUCAUUUUGAUUCCUCAUUUUGGCACCCAGAGCAGAUCAGAGCCAUGCUUACAUCAGUCCCAGAGGGAAGAAUUGUUGUACUCGACUUAUACUCAGAAGUUGCCCCAAUUUAUACUUAUACAGAAUCUUACUAUGGACAGCCAUUUAUAUGGUGUAUGCUUCAUGAUUUUGGAGGAACAUCAGAACUGUAUGGGGUAUUGGACAAAAUUAACUCAGGACCAUUUGAAGGUAGAAAUAUGACUAACAGUACCAUGGUUGGUUUAGGACUAACACCAGAAGGUAUUAACCAGAAUGAAGUUAUUUAUGAAUUCUUCUUAGAAAAUAUAUGGAGAAAACAACCUAGAGACAUUUCUAAAUGGAUUUCAGAUUAUACAAUAAAGAGAUAUGGGAAAUACAAUAAAAUAGUGGACUUGGCUUGGCAAUAUUUGAAGUCAAGUGUAUACAAUGAUAAAAUAAAUAAUGGUGACCACAGAUCCAGAAGUAUACCCACAAGUCGACCUCAGUAUAAUCCUCCACUUAAACCUUAUUUAUGGUAUGAUGCAGAAGAUUUAUAUCAAGCAUGGGAUCUUUUAAUAGAUUCAGCUGACCAGUAUAAAAAUAACUCAUUAUUUCAGUAUGAUUUAGUGGACAUAUCAAGAAACAGUCUGAUGAUGAUAUCAUUAGAGUAUUAUGAUAAAAUGAUUACUGCUUAUCAAAACAAUGAGACCAGUAACUUUGGAUUGUACAGUCAGAUGCUUUUGAGUGUACUAAAUGAUAUGGAGACAUUACUGGCCAGUGAUUCACAUUUUUUACUUGGGAAGUGGAUAGCUGCAGCUAAACAGUGGGCAAAUGACUUUAAUGAAGCAAUUCUUCUAGAGUUCAAUGCAAGAAACUUGGUUUCAUUAUGGGGACCUAAAGGGGAGGUAUUGGAUUAUGGUCGUAAACAAUGGUCUGGUUUGAUGAAAGGAUAUUACAUUCCAAGAUGGCGCCUUUUUAUUGAGAUGUUGCAUUACAGCUUAUUAAAUCACACAAAAUUUGAUGAUGGAUUAUUUAUCCAGUUUGUUUAUGAGAAAGUAGAACUUCCAUUCUCUAACCAGCUUGAUAUCUAUCCAACAGAACCUAUAGGGGAUGCUUAUGCUAUUGCUAAGUCAAUACACACAAAAUACAGAGAUAUUAUAGAUCUGCAGUUCUACAAGAAGUAUGCUAUAAUGUGUAAGAUGAUGAAAGCUAAUACCAACCCAGCUGUUAAGAAAUAUGGAAUAAAUGUGAAUAGGUCCAAUGUUCAUGUAAAAAUGGCAAACUCAAAUUUACAAUUUUUAUUUGAUAGAAAAUAAUUUACACCCAGUAUACAGGUUUGUUUGUCAUGAACUCGGGGGGAGCAAUUACUACGUAAUGAGUGGUAUGGAUGAGCCACUGGAAUAGGUAACCAUUUCAAGCUUGAUAAUAUAUGAUAAGGUCGAGAGAAAUAUAUGAUGAGGCUGCUGAUUGAAUCAUAAAUUUCUAAAACCAAUCAGAUUUUGAUAUUUUUCACAGAUGUGUUUAAAACCACAGUCAUAAAUGCAUUAGAUAUUUGUCAAAUCUAUUUAUUUCUCCAUUACAUAGCAUAAACAUGGUAGCUUUAGGUGUAUUUUUGUCAAAAAUAAAUGAUAGGGUAUUUUUUUUUUUGUAAUACAAAAUGUAUGAAAACUUAAAGGAGUAGUGUACUGAAUAUCUCAGCUACCCAAGUGUUCCACAAAAGGAUUGAUAAAGGGGGUUAUUUACUGAAUUUUGAAAAAUUAUAAAUGCAAACAACUUUCCACAUUUGUGGGCAUAUUUAAUCAAAAUGUAGAGGUGUAAUGAUCAAUUAGAUAUAUUUUAAUUAUUAUAUAUUUUGUCUAUUUUUGUAUUGAUUUUUAAAUGCGAACUGUUUCAAAAUGAACGAUUAUGUAUAAUCAUAUAUUUAAAUAUCCAAUGUUUAGCAUCAAAAAAAGCUAUUUCACUAGAGAUAGCAUAGCCUGUUUAAUUUAUUAAAGGCAGUUUCUGCCAUUUAUGCUGUUGGGUCAUAUUUGUCAUUGACAUAGGUCAACUGGUCAUCAUACCCUGAACUGGUGGAUCUAUAGAUUAUUCCUCUGCUAUGUUAAAUAUCCUUCGUCUUAUAGUUAAAUAUACUUAAUUUUUAAGAGGAAGUCAUUGUAUACUAGUUAAUCUUUGUAAGAAAAACAGUUUUAAUAAUCAAGUGAAUUGCCAGGAAGGAGAAAAAUGUAAUGUGAGGUUUAAGCAAAGAUUUGUAUAGAGCAGUGAUAUAUAUGAUUGUUUGUUUCAUAGAAUUAUAGUCAUUCCGUACCCUUACCAUUUUGUAUCCUGACAAUUUUAUACCUCAUGGAAUAUUUAUAUGUAUGCCAUUUUGUACCUCAUUGAAUAUUAAUAUGUAUGCCAUUUUGUACCUCGUGGAAUAUUUAUUUGUAUGCCUUUUUGUACUAUUUUGGUAUCCAAUUUGCAUGAAAUUGUAGAUAAAAAUGGACAUUUCUUAAUUUUUUUCUACAUACUUGUUAUUAGUUAUUUCUCAAAUUGAAAAAGCCAAAACAAUUCUUUAAUUGGUCACGUAAGGUGCAAAUUUUUAUGCAAACAUAUAUAUUCAUGGCUUCCUUCCGAGUAAAUAUCAGCAUGUGUCCCUUUUCACUAUAUCUCCUAGCAAAAACAACUUUGUAAUGACUAUACAAACAGUUGCAGAUAAUUAUUCCUUUGUUGGUAAAUUAACUUCAUAUUUUUAUAGUUGAAAAAUUAAUUAAGGAUAAACCCUGUACACAAACAAAGCAUAAUUAAAACUAUUAAAGUUUCUUUGUACUACUUAAUUAAACCAAUCAUAGGUCUAUAGAAAAUUUCUAUUGCAGGAAGCAUUUUAUUGCUUUCUAUGUUAUCGGCAAUGGAAAUUUGAGCAAAAUGGCAGGACAUUUGAGUGAUAAAAAAAGGAGCACCAAAGUUUAGAACAUUUGAGCGCCAAAAUUUAAGGACAUUUGAGUGAAAAUAAAAAAUAAGCAUAGGACAUUUGAGCAAAAAAACUUAAGAAUGAUGAAGGAAUACUUCUUCUGUUUGUCAGAUAUAAUCUGUAACCCCUGUUCACCUCGGUGAGGUGGAAGUAGGGUUUCGAGCAGGAUAUAGUAAAUAAAAUGUGGAAUUAUAAUGCACAAAGUUUAAAACAUCUUUUAAUUGUAAAAAAACAAAGCACUGUCAUAAAACUUAAAACUUGGCAAUGGCAUAUUUUACAAGUCAGUUAUGGCUUGACAUUUAUAUCCUAGCCUUCUGACAUAAAAAUUCCUCUGCAGACAGUAUCAAGAAUGCUAAAUUUCCUUUCUUAGUCUCGUUCAAAAUUAUAUCCAUUUUAUCAUGUACAUGUAUUAGUAUUAAGAUCUUUAGUGCCAAGGGACAUUUCACUUUAUAAAUAAAAGAAAUUUAGAACAAAGAAAAUUUGCAUAGCCAAUGAAUUAUAGUAAAAUUGAUUGCUAAGUAGAGAUCAAUUCAAGACUACACUACCAUUAACUAGCUAAAACCGGCCAAAUUACUGGGGUUGAAAAUCAAUUAAAAUAUAUUUAUUUUAAAAACUUUUCUUUUUUCUUACUUUUUAGAAAUACUUUUUUAAUUCAUAUAAAAGUAUCACAGGAAAUAUCGCUCAAACUUCCUAUUUGAAAAUCCAGGUAAGAUUAAUAUUCCGGCGCUAAAAUGUCCUAUGAUGUUGGCGCUCAAAUGACCCUAUGUGCAUUUAUUAUUUUCGAUGUUGGCGCUCAAAUGACCCUAUGUGCAUUUUUUUUAUUUUUCGCUCAAAUGUCCUAUGGCCCUUUGUUAUAAUGUUUAAAUAAAAAAUUUAAAUAAUCUGAAAUUAUUAAAUCUUGUUAUCUCAUAAAAUUUAAUAAUAUUUUUGACCUUGUUGAAUGAACCAAUAAUGGAUAUACAUUAAUAUAAAACAUUUUUUUAAACUAACAAUGAGGCAGUAUAAAGGAUCUUUCCUGUUUUUUAAUUUUACUGUGUGUGUUUUACAAAAUCUCCAAUACUGAUGUUGGUACAAAUUUUCAAUGAUUUACAAAUAUAUGAUUCAAAAUAAAAAAUGAUUUACAAAUAUAUGAUUCAAAAUAGAAAACGAUUUACAAAUAUAUGAUUCAAAAUUGAAAUUGAUCUAAAUUAUAUGAU